AUGGCCCAGCUGAAACAUCGUCAUAUAGUAAGAUUAAUUGGUGUGUGUAAAGAAGAACAAUUUAUGCUUGUCCUUGAAUUAGCACCUUUAGGUCCUAUCAAUAAAUAUUUGAAAAGACGUCCUGAUGUCAGUGUACAUACAUUAACUGAAUUAAUGCAUCAAGUUGCCUUGGGUAUGGCAUACUUAGAAUCAUGUAAAUUUGUACAUCGUGAUUUAGCUGCACGUAAUGUCUUAUUGGUUACUCGGCAUUUUGCAAAAAUUAGUGAUUUUGGAAUGAGUAAAGCAUUGAAUUUUGGUAGUGAUUAUUAUCGGGCAGCAACUGCUGGUAAAUGGCCAUUGAAAUGGUAUGCUCCCGAGUGUAUUUAUUACUUUCGUUUCGAUUCAAAAUCUGAUGUAUGGAGUUAUGGAAUUACACUGUGGGAAGUUUACUCCUAUGGUGAACGACCGUAUAGAGAUAUGAAAGGUGCACAAAUAUUAGCAAUGCUUGAUCAGGGCCUCCGCUUAUCACGUCCUAGUCGAUGCCCUGAAUCCAUAUAUAGUGUUAUGCAACAAUGUUGGAAUUUUGAAGGAGUUCACCGGCCAACAUUUGCUGAACUUGUCCUGACAAUAUCACGUAUACUUAAAGCUAUGCCAUCACCACAAACGAAUGUGUGCAUUCCUAACAGCAAUAAUAAUAAUAUUCAUACUACGAAUAUCAGCUGUGGUAGUAAUCGUAAUGGUACUUCCACUACUAUUGCUACUUCUGCUGCUGCUGCUAUUAAUACUACUAACAAUAAUAAUAAUAGUAGUAUAAUGUCAUGUAAUACAACCUUAAAAUUCGAUCAUUUUCAUCAUUCACCAACACAUCAACACACUAUGAGUGGGAGUAAUGAUAAUAAUAAAAAUAAUAUUAGUAAUAAUAAUACAGGCUUACAGCCAAUAGAAUUUAGUCCAUCAAGACGUAUCAUCGGUGGAAUUGGAACCACGAGUACAAGUUCUGGAGGAAGUGGUGUCAACAGUGGUGGAAGUGAUGGAAUUUCAUUUUGAAAAUUAAAUUGAAAAAAAACAUUAUUAUUUUUUAUUUUAUUAUGGAUCUAUUUGAUUUAUUACGUGAUAUAAUUAUCGGGGAUAAAGUUCAACUGACCAACCGACCGACCGACCGACUGACUGACUGACUGACUGACCAACCAACUCGCAGUGUUCAGUAUUCAAGAGUAAACAGCUGAGAUACAUGUUUAUUUUGUGAACCUCAGUGUCUCCCUCUGGCGCGCGCGUUCUUUCUGUACGUGCACUUCUUCUUGUGUCGACCUCCUGGUUUCACCGGCCACUCCUCACCCCUCAUCCCCUUUUUGUUCCCCUCCCUUUACAGGCCUCUUAACUCACUUCAUCUAAUCUGGAUGCAUUUCACUUGAAUUCAGUACUCUUCAACUAUAACUACGAAAUUUUUUUCACAGUCUUACUGGAAAGAGAACCAUAGUCUUCUGUAGGAACAUUAUUCCCUAUUCUAUCUAUUUCAAAGUGUCUCUAUUAUUUGUGAUGGUUCAACACUGUCUGUCUCCACUUCAUUUCGUCGCUUUGUCUUGUUCUGUCAAUAGGAAAUGAAGAAUUCUUGGCGUUUCAUUGAAUCCCUUCAUCCCAGUACUCGUCUCUGCCUCCCAUCCUAUCCCUCCCUCCAACGAUUCACACUGGUGCCUCAUUUCUACUAGUUCUUGUGUUUAUAUGUCAAAACAGAAAGCCAAAAUUCUCGGUUCGUCCACACAAAUUGAAACUAAAAUGGAAAGCAGAAAAUGCAUUUAUGAGUUCAAAUUCAUACAGAGAUAGCUAACAUGUGAUUUUAUCAAUAGUAUUUUCUCUUCUUUUCAUCCACUCCCACCUUCAACCCUCCCCUGAUUCUUUCUUCCCCUAUCCGUCUUCAUCUGGGAUUUGUAUCUGGGCCUCUUCAUUCAGUUUGAUUUCAUCUAUUUUUGACUACAAGAACAUGUUUGUUCUGAAAUGUUGUCACUUCUUUAGUGAUCUCUCUGUUGAACAUAAUUUUCAAUACAUUGUCUUCUUUUGCAUCCUUUUUCUUCUUCUCUGCCUCCUCUUCAUUGGUCUUCAUCUUCACCUUCUUAGUCGCUUUCUUCCUUAGCUUCCCAACCCACCAUUUUCCUCUUACUUUGACUUCCCCCCACACUAUUACUCGUUCUCUUCCUCAUACUCCUGUUGAUCCAUAUUCUCUUCAUCCUACUACUCACUACUCUUGUUGCUUCCCUCUUCUUCAUACUCUUACUC